CUUCUCGCCUUUUUUAAUAGCCGCCGACGGAGAGAACCCCCGAUGCAUGCCCGGCGGCAGCCCCGCAGUCGAAAGCUUCUUCUCCUCACACUCCAACCUCCCGAGCCCGUCCAACGUUGCUUUUUCUCUUGGUGCGGUGGACCGCAAAGUGGCCGUUUCGCGAAUCGCAAGUGUACGGUUGGUCCCUAGAUGGCCGGGAUCGUCUCCUUUGAUGCAGUCAGCAUGCAGGUUCGGCAGGGUAUUGCCGAGGCGGCGGUCACCGACGCCGGAGGAUUCGCGUUAGAUACUGCCUCCAAGCGGUUAUGGCGUGGAAAAGAGAACCGACCACGGUGUCACAGGUAUAAAGCAGUGGAUCCUCACGACAAGGGUAUUUUCAUGUUCUGCAACAGCAUGGGUCCCGGAAGAUUGUCUCCAACCAAGGGGCUCAAUAACCCAGGAAAGGUGUUCCCCAAAUGCAAUGUGCUGCUUCCCAGUUCAACCUGUAGAUGUCAGAGUCGAGUCAGCCUUCUUUUGUGUUCUAGAGAAUGA